AACAAAGAUUUGGCGUCGGUGCUGUCGGGUCCCACAGCCUUGCUCGUGUCGCGGCGAGCUAGGAAUGGGGGUUGUGUGGACACUGGGUCUGUAGGGCUGGAACAGACCAUCGAGUGAAAGCGAACGUCAAGUGUUAUGGAGCGUUAAAUUGUUGAACCUACUAUAGCGCUGCAGUGUGCGCCAGGAUUGUGCUGCUGUGGUAGGAGCAUUGGAAUCCAGCAUCCGAGUUCCAGCAUAUGUUGGUCAGAGGUGCCUAUUAUCUAGUAUUUGGUAUCGAAGCCCCUGCCACUCCAUUUUCCACGAGUACUACACCUGUGCAGCAGAGACCUGUCUAGGCUGCGUCGCCCCGUGAUGCGCCGGUGACCGCCCGCCGCCGCCAUGGCCGAGGCCGACGCGCCCAAGAAGGCGGCGCGCCGGCCGCACUCGACGUUCGCCUACCCGAGCGGCGGCGCGAGCCACUCGCCGCCGCCGCCGGCGCCGCUGCGGCACUCGUACGCGCCCGACACGUACCCGCCGGAAGUGGGCGGCGCGCCGCGCGGUGCUGACCCGUUCGCCGCACUCGACGGCCUCAGCUGCGGCUCGGACACGCGCAUGUCCGUGUCGACGGCCUCGUCGCUGCCGUCGGUGCUGAGCGACCUAGCCGAGGCCGAGUUCCCUGACACGCCGUUUGUGUGGACGAGCGACGAGGUCAACUGGCAGGAGCGCUGCCUGGAGCUGGAACUGAGCCUGCAGCGUUUCAAGGAGCAGGCGGGCCGCAUCCGCUCCAUGCUCAGGGAUAAGCUGGUGGAGCUGGAACAGCGGGUGGUGGAGUCGGAGCACCGGGCCGCCGAGGCCGAAGGGAAGGCUCGCGUGCUGGAGCAGCGGCUCUCCGACCUGGGCUGGACGCCGAGCGAGAGCUCGGAGCGACUCAGCGCGCUGCGCACCACCGUCGACGAGAAGGACAGCACCAUCACCCAGCUGCAGUCGCAGGUGGAGGAGCAGCGCAUGCUGAGGCUGAACGAGGCCAAGCAAGUGGAGGCGAAGGCGGCCAGAAUCAAGGACUGGGUCACGAACAAGCUGCGAGACCUGGAGGAGCAGAACCAGUACCUGCGCGAGCAGAACCAGCGCUGCAACGAGCAGCUGCAGCUGCUCCGGAACCGGCUCACCCAGCUGAACGAGUUCAAGUCGAAGCAGCGCGCCAGCACCGAGGACUCGUCGCGCGGCAGCUACGAGGGCGACCGGCCGGAGAGCGACGAGAGCCUGCCGCCCGAGCUGCCGGCGCGCCGCGCGCCCUCGCUCGACCCGCACGCCCUGUACGCCGAGGUGGACAAGUCGCGCAAGACGCGCGCCGCGGCGCCGACCGGCCCGCCGCGCGUCACCGUCGAGCGCAAGCGCUACGGCGCCGGCGAGGCGGGCGGCGUGCGCGCCUCGCGCGACUCGCGCGUCGACUCGGGCUCGGUGGACCUGGAGACGCCGCAGAGCUUGUCGCCGGAGACGGCGCCGCCGGCGCCGCCGCCGCGCGGCCGCUCGGCGCCGGCCGACGAGCAGCACGACUACAGCGAGAUCUACACGCCCAGCGCCGACGGCUACCGCUGGCUGCAGGAGGAGGGCGCCGACGCCGGCAGUAAGCCGCCCACGCCGCCGCUGCACCGGUUCCCCUCGUGGGAGGCCAAGAUCUAUCAGGUGGCGCAGAAGGGCAUCUGUUCGCCGGCGGCGCUCGGUGCCACCAGCAACGGCGCCGGCAGCCGGCUCUCCACCUUCUCCAACUACUCGGACGUGUCCGUGCCGGUCUACGCCACGGUCAAGGGGCGCGCCUCCCAGAUCCGCUCGGUGCCGUUCACGGGCGACAGUUCGGACAGCUCGGAGGGCGAGGAGGAGGCGGCGGCCGGCGCGCGCGGCCGACACUCGCACACCGGCUCCUCGGACGACACGGUCAGCUCGCCCUCCAAGUCGAAGGCGAGCCCGGCCAAGACGGCUAGCCCCUGCCGCAGCCCUCGUAGAGAGCACAGCGUGGAGGGCGACGCGUCGGCCGACUACCUGGCGCGCGGCUCGUACGCGGCCGGCUCGCUCAGAAAGGCCAAGGCGCUGGAGCGGUCCGGCUACCUGACCAAGCUGAGCGGCAAGCUGAAGACGUGGCGGAAGCGCUGGUUCGCGCUCAAGGACGGCCAGCUCAUGUACUGGAAGUCGAAGCACGACGUGGCCCGGAAGCCGCCGCAGGGUGAGAUCGCGCUGGACGACCGGUGCCGGGUCGGUCGCCAGGAGGGCGCGCACACCUUCGAGGUCAGCACGGCCAAGAAGACCAUCUACCUGACAGCCGACAAUCAGAGCACCGUCGACGAGUGGGUGCGCGUGCUGCAGAACGUGCUGCGCCGCAACGCGGCGCACCUGCUGCUGAGUCGCGAGGACUGUAACUCCACCAUCCAGGGCUGGCUGACCAAGGUCAAGAACGGGCACUCGAAACGCUGCUGGUGCGUGCUGGUCGGCAAGAUGCUGCUGUACUUCAAGACGCCGAACGAGACGGUGGCCUCGGGCCAGAUCAACAUGCGAGACUGCCGCGUGGAGGAGGUGUCGCACAUCACUGACAGCGACGACGACUCGGACACGCCGCCCCAGGCGGCUGACCUCACCGUCGGCGUGUUCCCGUCGCACCAGAGCCCCACCUACUUCAUCAUGGCCAACAAGGGCGACAAGGACUCGUGGCUGUACCACCUGACAGUGGUGUCGGGCGGCGGCGGCGCGGCCGGCACGCCGUUCGAGCAGAUGGUGCAGCGUCUGAUGGAGCUGGACGGCGACGCCGAGUGUCUGCUUUGGCGCCACCCGCAGCUGCUGCACGCCAAGGAGCCGCCGCCGCAGCCGCUCACCACCAUGCCCGAGGCGCUCCACGCCGAGGCGGCCAAGCUGUUCAAGUCGUGCCAGCUGUUCGCCUCGGUGCUGGUCGACUCGGCCGGCAUCGACUACCACGUGGCGCUGGCGCAGAACGCGCUGCACCUGUGCUGCGAGCGGCCCGAGCUGCAGGACGAGCUGCUGGCGCUGCUGGCGCGCCAGACGGCGCGCCACGUGUCGCAGCGGCUCGGCGUGCAGGUAAACCGCGCCGUCACCAAGAUCAAGCACUCGAGCCUGUCCGGGGACGGCACUGCCGUGUUCCUGGCCGCCGGCGAGGGGGCGCUAUGCGUGCUCAACGUCUCCACUCUGCAGGAGACCGCUAGGUACCAGUACACGUCGGUGGUGACGUUUGGCGGCUGCCAGGACGACUUCAUGCUGGUCGUCUCGGAGAACGGCUCCGACGCGGCCUCCACGGAGAAGCUGCUGUUCAACAUGCCCAAGCCCAAGAUUUUGGAGCUGACGCUGCUGAUCGCCGACUACAUGAACGCGCUGGGUCGCAUGCAGCCGGGCACGCCGCAGAUGGGCACUCUGAGCCGCGUCGGGUCGUCACAGCGGCCGCUGCGCACCCGCAUGCCCAGCGUCGGCUCGGAGGCGGGCGCUGAGCUGGUCAGGAACGGCGGCGUCAAGAUCCGCACCAGCCACGAGGCGCUGUAGCCUCCGCCGCCGCCGCUGCUGCCGCCCCUGCCGUCGCCGUCGCCGCCGCCGCCGCUGCCGCCUCUGCCGCCGUCGCCGUUGCUGUCGCCGCCGCCGCCGUCGUGUAGCCCGCUGUCCCUCUCUCCCUGUGAUCUAGACCAAUUUCGCCACGCUGUGCCCGGCCCUUCGGCGCUCGCUGCGGCGCGCUCGGCCGUGUGCGCGCCUCGUCCAUGUGUUUUUAGUCUUCCACGUGUAGGAGGAGCGACGCCAUCACUCACUAGUCGAAGGGCGGUGCCGGACCGCCGCCUCUGAUCUCCCGGCCUGCGCCGCGCGCCGGCCGCAGGCUAUUUCGGCGGCGUGUGAGCCCGGCUCGAGCGUGUCCGUCCGUCGGGCCACGAGCGCCGCCGCGCCGACCCGCCGUCAAUGGACGCUCAGUAACGAGCUGUCUGCUGAAUGCAUUAACAGGGACGGCGCUAGCGCGGCACUGCAUAGUCGGUUUUGUAUGAGCUGAUGAUAUACGGCCGCGAGCUUUUGCAGAGA